GCCGGUUUGUAUCAGGCUGGGCAUUGGUUCCAGAGGUUGGUCCCUGGUCUCCAGUGUCGGUUCUUUAUCAUUGAAUGGUUAUAAUACAGACAGAGGCCAUUCAGCCCGUCCUGUCUGUGCAGGCUUUUUUCAAGCGCAAAUCAGCUAGUCCCACUCCCCUGCCCAGGACCACAAGACCAGCAGCAGAUAUUACCCAUCCCCAGUUACCUGUGGAGAAGAUAAUGUUUGACCUUCUUGAACCGCUGCAGUCCGUGUGGUGAAGGCGCUCACACAAUGAUGUUAGGCAGAAUUUUUCAGUCAGGAAACUCAAACCAAACAUCAUAUCAGAAUCUGAGAGAGUCGCCCAAUUUAUUGAAACCUGAAUAUCAUCGGAUUUUGAACAUGGUAGGUAAAAGCACCGUUCACAGUGGAGAGAAACUGUGGAAAUGUGGAGACUGUGAUGAGGGAUUCAGAUUUCCAUCUGACCUGGAAACUCAUCGACGCAGUCACACUGGAGAAAGGCCAUUCACCUGCUCCGUAUGUGGGAAGGGAUUCACUCAGUCAUCCAGUCUGCUGAGACACCAGCGAGUUCACAGAGGUGAGAGACCAUUCACCUGCUCUGACUGUGGGAAGGGAUUUGCUCAGUCAUCUAACCUGCUGAGACAUCAGCGAGUUCACACUGGGGAGAGACCAUUUACUUGCUCAGAGUGUGGGAAAGGAUUCGCUCGGUCAUCUGACUUGCUGACGCACCAGCGAGUUCACACUGACGAGAGACCUUUUAAAUGCUCAGACUGUGGGAAGUGCUUUAAAAGUUCCCGGGACCUGAUGCUCCAUCAACGUGUUCACACGGAUGAGAGACCAUUCAGGUGCUUUCAUUGUGGGUCUGCAUUGAGACAGUCAUCUCAACUCACUGAGCACCAGCGAGUUCACACCGGGGAGAGGCCAUUCACCUGCUCUGACUGUGGGAAGGGAUUCGCUCAGUCAUCCAACCUGCUGACACACCAGCGAAUCCACACUGGAGAGAAACCUUUCACCUGCUCUGACUGUGGGAAGGGAUUCACUCAGUUAUCCACCCUGCUGAAUCACCAGAGUGUUCACACCUUUUAAGUGCCCAGAAUGCAGAAAGUGCUAUAAAAAUUCCAGGGAGCUGAUGUCCCAUCAAUGUGUUCACACUGAUAAGAGACCUUUUAAAUGCCUGGCCUGCGGAAACUGUUUUAAAAGUUCUGGGGAACUGAUGCGCCAUCAACGUAUUCACACUGACGAGAGACCAUUCAGGUGCUCUCACUGUGGGACUGGGUUCAAGACAUCAUCUGAUCUCACUGUACACCAGCGAGUUCACACCGGGGAGAGGCUGUUCACCUGUCCCAACUGUGGGAAGGGAUUCACUCAGUCAUCCACCCUACUGACACAUCAGCGAGUUCACACUGGGGAGAGACCAUUCAUCUGCCCCAAGUGUGGAAAGAGAUUCACACAGUCAUCCAACCUGAUGAGACACCAGCGAAUUCAUAAGUAGCUAGAGUGAGUGGAUUUUGCUGGUAAUCACAGAGGACUGAACCGUGUUCAUUGGGUCUGUUUCUACCGAUGUUAAUAAUUUCCAACACA